AUGAAGCAACCGGAGGGGUACGAGCAAAGCGGGCCCAACUUGGUUUGCCACCUCAAGCGCAUCUUGUACGGCUUGCGCCAAGCGCCGCGUAUGUGGCACACGCAGUUGAAGGGGGAGCUCGGGAACUUCGAGUUCGUGGCGUUUUUUGCAGAUGCGGCACUCUUUGUGGGAGUGGUGAACAAGGAGCGGAUUUACCUCGUCGUUGGGUCGACGAUGGCGGCUCGGGGAACGGAGCGGAUUGCGAAGGUAAAGACGCACUUGGCGGACAAGUUCGACGUGCGGGACUUGGGGAAGGCGACGUCCCUCCUCGGGAUGGAGUUGGCGCGCGACCGGCCGACGCGACCUUUGAAGCUCCCGCAAAAGAAGCUUACCGGACAGCUUGUUCGGCGGCACGGAUUGGGGGGCGCACGGGCGCGCUCGGUCCCCCUUAGUGCGGGGGAGAAGUUGACGAGAGAGGCCUUGUCUGCUCCGGAAAAAGAGCUUCCUGACGUUGACGAAGAGGAGCUGGACUACGGCUUGUCGGACGAAGAAGGAACGGAGGAAGACAACGCGGGUGAAAAAGAGGAGGGCGCUGACAAGGACGCAAACGACCUCAACGCCCCCAUUGCCCGCACCAAUCGCCUGGACUUGAAGCACGUAGAGGUAGCUGCGCACGUUCCAGGUGCACCUGCGCCUGCAGCUGAGGGCAACAGGGGGCCACGUCGCCGCCGCCGUCGUGGAGCACGUGGCCAGGGGGGGCGCGAGCCGUACGGUGACGCACGCGCGCGCCUGAAGGAGCUGAGGGUGGCGCGCCAGGGGAGUCCAGUGCCAGAGCGCCACGUUGCAGCUGCAUCCGUACCUGCACCUGCCCCUGCACCUCCAUGUGGACCAGGGCCUGCGCUCGCUUUGCAUCCACAGGAGAUCCAGCAGCAUCUGCAGUCCACCCUCGCCUUCGCGUUCAAGCUUGGGGGCUGCCAGGACAGGACGUCGCCAACCAGAGCCCACCCUAGAACCGGCGCCGCCAGGACCGCAAAGAAGACCGCCACGGAGACGACCGCCACUGGGACGAUUGCCGUAGGGACGACCGUUAGGAUAACUAGCGCGGACGCGGUGGGUGGCGCGGCAAUGGCCGUGGCCGUGGCCGUGGAUGCGACAAUCGCAACCAAAUAG